UCCAAUGAAUAUAGAAGAUUUUCACUGGUACCUGGCAGUUCUGAAUGCAAAAAAAAGUGAGGUACAUGUACUCGAUUCUAUGGGACAACAAAUAACGGAUCGCCGAGACCUUUAUACUACAUUAAAAGGUCUAGAAAGACAGAUUAAACUUGCAGCAAAACAUAAAGAGCUUUACCAAGGCAAGUGGUCGAACCUUGAUGUUGCAUCAUGGCCAGUUAUAGAGAAGAUCACAACACAAAUGCAAACCGAUGGGGUAUCUUGCGGGCUAUGGAUGAUAAACUAUAUGGAAUACUGGACAGGAUCCUCCCUAUCUGAUAACGUAACUCAGGAUGAUAUAACAAUGUUUAGGUUUAAGCUACCUGCAAUAUUAUGGGACUCGAGAUUAAACACAAAGAAAGGACAUCAAAAUCUUGACCACAAUGUGGAUGAAGAUGGAGAGAGUUCAAGUGAUGUUCAAAUAAUCGAUACUCCAUGUGAGUUAUCUAAAUCGUCAAAUACAUCACAUCAGAUUGAACCAUAUAUAUCUCCAUAUGUUCUGCCUGCUAAAGUAACAUCAACAAACACGCAAGAACUGAUGUUUGUAUUAUGCACAUAUAUCAUGGGGAUAGACAACGACAAAUAUUUAAAGAAACAUUGGAUUCAGAGCACUAAACCUUAUCCAAUUUCUUUAAGUUUUCAAAAACUUAAAGAUAUAUUGGAUGUAAAUAAGCCGAUGGAUACAGAUUGUUUUAACAUGGCUGUUCGGAUGAUCGCAUGCAAUGAUUCCUUGUUCUUGUUGGAAGACAAAUACCACUACAUGGAUCUACAGUUCUGUGUAAGUUCAAGUAAUUAG